UAGGGUUGCUGCUGGCUUCCUUUUCAGUUGAAGUCUUGGCGUAAUAAUUUUGUCAAUACUUCAGGAUACCCGAUGCUUAAAGAACUUCAUAAAGAGUCCCAUAGUCGCAAUACACAGAACUCUUGUAUUUCAUAGCAGGAUAAAACGUAAUUGCCUGUUAUUGAAACAGUCUUGGAACACGAUGAACAGGUUUCAGCCAGGCUCUGGACUUGACAUACUCGUGUGAAUUUGUCGUCUUCAUUUUCCUCCAAAAUUUGUGGACAUGGACAUUUUGAGAGGAAAAGCCUGCAUGCUGGUGGCGUGUGUCCUCGCCAUGGCGUUUGUGAUUGAGGCAGAACCCCCGACAUUUACGAGUUGUAGAAACUACAUCACGCCGGCGGCAGGAGAACUUCCUCAAGCCGUGAACUUCCCCCUUCCCGAGGCCCAAGAUCCUGGUGGUAACCUCGUCCAAGUGUCAUGCAGUCACCGUCCGGGCGACAAGUUCCCGUUGGGCAAAACACAGGUCACCUGCAACGCUACCGUUGGCAGUGAGACGAGUACUUGCAAAUUUAAAGUCGGAGUCGGCGACGGUGUUAACUGUACUCGUGAUCUGAAUGAAUGCGUCUGUAGAGGUGAAACUUGCACCUGUUUCAAGGGUUUUACCGGCAUCGAUUGUGCAAUCGAAGAUGGAACCGUGUGCACCGGUCCCAGCACCCCAUCCGAUGGUUGUGGCAAUACUUGCCCUGCUGUCUCCUGUCGUUGUGAACGGGGCUGGGAGGGACCGUCAUGCAACUUUGUUGACGAUGGGAGUUCAUGCUUUUCAGGUGUUGGUAGUCCUCCACACUGUGAGGAAUGUUUCAUUGGGGAUUCACCGCCGUGUAUUUGUGAGAAAGGGUGGCAAGGCAUACGAUGUGAAAACGAUUACCUCCCUCCCGUCUUUGUCAGCUGUCCACCGGAUAUUUUUAUGAAGGCUGGAAGUGGUGAAGACAGGGCCGUGGUCACGUGGGACGACCCCCGAGCUGUGGACAACAGUGGGGCCGAGCCGAAUAUUGUGUGUGACCGGACAUCUGGAAGCUGGUUCUCUGGGACUUCCUUGGUGACGUGCACAGCCAGUGAUGGCACUGGGAAUUCAGUGUCUGACUGCAUCUUCAAUGUAACAGUCACAGAUGAGAAAGCCCCAGUUAUGACAUGCCCCGCUAGCGGCUCCUGGAACGUGGACUCGGGUGCGGAUGUUGCUACCGUCAUUUGGUCUCCGUUACCAGAGGCCACCGAUAACAUCGACGGCAAACUUCAGGUCACCUGCACGGACGCCCUGGGAAAUGUUGUGAAUUCGGGCGAUGAGUUUCUGGUGGGAGAAACGAGUGUGUUCUGUUUGGCUUCUGACAAGAGUGGGAACCAGGGACGAUGUGGGUUCAGCAUCACCGUCGUGGAUAACGAAGGACCGAUUGUCACGUGCCCGAGCAGUGUCACGCAGAAUGUGGAAACCGGGAAGGCAGACGCAGCAGUGAAAUGGUCCCCGUUGCCGUCAGCCGAGGAUGCAGUGGAAGGUCCGGUACCCACUGUCGUGUGUACAGAUGAGGGCGGCAAGGCUGCUGAGUCCGGCAACCGAUUCCCUGCUGGUAACACCAUGGUCACAUGCUCGGCAAUGGAUUCCGUCGGGAAUAAAGGCAACUGCAGCUUCCUUAUUAUUAUCCUAGAUAAUGAGGCUCCGAUAAUGACUUGUCCAGAUGACAUCGUCCGCAAUGUAGAUGCAGGGAAAGCGGUUGCUACUGUAGACUGGCCCAUCAUGCCCCAAGCCAAUGACACUGUGGAUGGGCUGCUUGCUGUCACGUGUAGCGAUGGGUCUGGCGGACUUGUCAGUUCAGGCGAUGAAUUUCCAGUUGAUGUGACAAUGGUGACGUGCACGGCUUCAGAUACCAGUCAUAACGAAGGCACCUGUAGUUUUUUGAUCACUGUGAUUGACAAUGAAGACCCAUUCAUAGCCUGCCCAGAAAACAUUUUUCAAGAUUUAGAUGCGGGUUCAGAUGUUGGUACCGUCCACUGGCCCACCCAGCCCUCAGCCAAUGACACGGUAGAUGGGUCCCUGGCCGUCACGUGCACAGAUGAUUCGGGCAUAGUCGUGAAAUCUGGAGACACGUUUUCAGUAGGGGCUACGAUAGUGACAUGCAAAGCUAUCGAUGGGAGCGGUAACGAGGCCAAUUGCAGCUUUACGAUAAAUUUGAAAGAUGUUGAAGGGCCUGUUGUCACAUGCCCAAAGGACAGCAGGCAGAAUGUAGAACCAGGACGAGCUAGUGCAGCAGUAGACUGGUCCCCGUCUCCAUCAGCCGAAGAUGUUGUGGAUGGUCUGGUACCUAAUUUAACUUGCAAGGCCGAAGAUGGCAAACUGGUUGAGUCGGGCGGAAGGUUUCCCGUUGGGAAAACGAAGAUCACCUGCCUUGCUGUCGAUUCAGCACGGAAUGAAGGAAACUGCAGUUUUGUCAUCACAGUCGUUGAUAAUGAAUCUCCAGUUUUCACAUGCUUGAUCAGUAACAUCACCGAGAAUGUCUCACCAGGAUUGGCCAUCGGUAUCAUACAUUGGCCCUCUGUGCCCUUCGCUAAUGAUACCGUAGAUGGUCCAGUUGCUGUUUCGUGCUUCGACAGCUUGGGCAAACUUGUCAGUUCAGGAGACCCGUUUGCUGUCGGUGUUACCGUGGUGACGUGCAAAGCCUCAGAUAGCAGUGGGAAUGAGGCCAGCUGUCGCUUCACCAUCACUGUGAUAGACAACGAAGGCCCGGUAAUGACCUGCCCUCGAAACGUCUCGCAGGAUUUGGACCCGGGAUCAUCUGCUGGUGUGGUAGUCUGGCCCACCCUGCCCUUGGCCAGCGACACCGUGGACGGUUUUCUCACUGUCACCUGCGAGAAUGAUUCGGGCGAUCCUGUCAGUUCGGGUGAUGAGUUUCCCGUCGGUGUCACGGUGGUGACUUGCGAAGCGACUGACGACAGUGGUAACAAGGGAAGAUGUGAUUUUGCAAUCACAGUGAAAGAUAAUGAGGACCCAGUGGUUACGUGCCCAAACAGCAGCACACAGAACGUGGAGCCAGGAAAGGCCGAUGCAGCUGUAGACUGGUCCCCUUCCCCAUCGGCCGAGGAUAAUGUAGACGGUCUGGUUCCAAAUGUCACCUGUGUGGACAAGAGCGGCAAGACAAUCGAGUCAGGUGGACGAUUUCCUGCCGGUGACACAACAAUCACUUGCCUAGCUGUUGAUUCUUCACAAAAUGAAGGGAACUGCACUUUUUUCAUUAAAAUAAAGGACAACGAAGCCCCAGUCAUGACUUGCCCAGGAAACAUGUCCAGCAAUGUUGAUUCGGGCUCAGCUGUUGGUACCAUCCACUGGCCCACAGUUCCAUCUGCCAAUGACACAGUAGAUGGGCCACUCCCUGUCACAUGCAAGGAUGAUACAGGCAGACUUGUCAGUUCUGGAGAUGAGUUUCCAGUUGGUGCGACGACGGUGAAGUGUGAAGCUGCCGAUAGCAGCGGUAACCAGGACAGAUGCAGCUUUGUGGUCACUGUAACCGACAGUGAAGCUCCAGAGAUGACUUGUCCAAAGGACAUCAUCCAAGCUGCAGGUCCAGGAGAGACAUCCACCUCCGUGGACUGGCCUACCCUGCCCACAGCUAAUGACACAGUAGACGGCCUGCUCACCGUCACGUGCAGUGAUGAUUUGGGCAGACUUGUGAGCUCAGGAGACGCGUUUCCAAUCGGCAUCACAGUGGUGACGUGCAGGGCUGCCGACGACAGUGACAACGAAGCCAACUGUAGCUUUGCAAUCACUGUACCAGAGUGUGGCGAUGAGGAAACUUGCCAAAAUGGAGGAACGUUUCUGGAAUCUUUCUGCAAUUGCUCAUGCCCGUCACCUUACACGGGCAAAACCUGCACGGCUUGUGAACCUUGUCAGAAUGGCGGUCAUUCACAAGAUCCUGACACCUGUGCAUGUCAGUGUCCAGAAGUGUAUGCUGGCCUUUUGUGUUCAGAAUGCAAGGAAUGCGUGAAUGGUGGGAACCAGGAUAAAGACACUUGCGUCUGCGAUUGCUUCAAUUCCUACAUGGGCGUUCUCUGCGAUGUUUGCCCGCCAGACAUCAAGUGUGAUAAUGCUGGGCAAUUUGAGGAGGCGGCCUGCCGAUGUAACUGCCCGCCUCCGUGGACUGGACCAACCUGCUCAGAGUGUAUACCUUGUGCCCACGGGGGAACCGAUCAAGACCCCGACACCUGCCUCUGUGACUGCCCCGGGGCUUAUCUCCCACCCGUCUGUGCAGCAUGUGGAGGACAGGCAGAGUGCCAGAAUGGCGGAGAAUUCUCUGAGGUCUCUUGCAACUGCACAUGCCCGUCACCGUUCACUGGAAAGACGUGCACAGAGUGUGAGCCAUGCCAGAAUGGAGGAUCGUAUCAGAACAAGUUCAUGUGCGUCUGCGAUUGUCCAUAUUUCCACACUGAUCCAUUGUGUGCCGUGUGCCCCCUGGGAUUUGUGUGUCUGAACGGCGGAACACGACGCGAGGCUACGUGUUCUUGUGAAUGUGCUAAUGGCUGGCGAGCUAAGGACUGCUCGGAACGUGUACCAAAUGUGCCUGAUGACGAAUACCCAGUCUCUCCAAUUUGGACAGUUGUCAAGAAGAAAGUUUCCUUUGAGAUAGCGGUCAUUGCCCCAAUCUACAAUGGUACAGUGUGCGAUCCUAGAAUAAGCAAGUUCUCUGACGCAUGCAUUGCCCUCGUCACUGAAUUCAAACUGUCAGUCGAAAUCGAGUACAAGUUCGUGGCAGGCUUCUCUCAGGUUGUUAUCAAUCAGGAAGACCUGAGGGCUGGAAGUGUUGUCGUCCCACAUGAGGUCAUCUACAACUACGAGGAAAUGACUCCAACCACCAGAGGCAUAUCAGCUAAUGCCCUGUACGGAGAGACCGUGGGGAAGGCAGUGGUCAGGGGAUACAUUGGCAAGCUGAAGGUGGCCACGGGCUGCGAGGAUUGCAUGGCACCUCAAGAUCACACCUACAUCUGCGACGCCGAACCUCCAGAGUGUGCCCCAGGCCUGAUGUUGACGGAGAGGGCAGAGGGGGGUGAAGGCACUUGCUACUACGUCUGCCGGUCCAAGUGUAAACUGGACACCACCUACUGCGGUGAUGGGACCUGUCGCCAAGAACAAGGCAGCAAGGAUAUUUCAUGCAGCUGUCCCCAGUCCUCGGCGGUGAUGUACAGCGGUGCAAAGUGCCAGAACCAAGUUCAGCUGACGUGGCUGUACGUUGGCGUCAGCGUGGGAGUGGUUUCAAUCCUGGUUCUGAUAGUCGUCUUGAGCGUGUGCUUGUGGCGAUCCAAGGGGCUGGUGGACAGACUUCAAGAGGAAGAUGAAGAGAAGGUGGUAUUGGGAAAGCCUAUGAGUGACGAGCUGAUGAAGGAACUGAACUCUUACUGCAACAAUAACAACGGGAGCACCGGGGAGACGUACUUCCACAAACCUCCCUCAGGGGAGUCGACCCGCCCCAGCCUGUACGCGCAGAUUUCCCAGGAGCACAAGAGAAACAGAGCGAUCAAGAAUGGUCAGGCACCUGGGGCUGGCUCGGGGGCCAAGGUCGGUGGCCUCCGGGCUCAUCUGUCCCCAGGAUCGCCCAAGUACGAGGCCCAGAUCAAGCCCAACGAUUUUGACGGCAGCCGGUCCCCGAGGGGGGAGCGGCGACCCUGGUACUUCUGGGGGAAGAUGUCCCUGCCGAAGAAGAGGGACAUCAAGAUGAUCCCCAUGACCAGUGAAACGGGGAGAUUCUGAAGAGGAAAGAGAGAUUUGUAGAGUCAUGUGGUCUUUUGCUCUGAGCAAAACAAUUGUUUUGGAAGACAUUGGAACUAUGUAUCGAUUUUCCAAAUCUCUCCUGAGAUAUUAUCAAUGACCAGCAUCAAACAAUUGAAUCUCCCAGUAACUUUGUUCAGGCAUUAUGUAUUUUGUCUUUAGCAGUCUACACUAAAACCGAACAUAUCGGGCUGUAAACCGAAUGAAAACCUUAAUGCUAAAGGUUACCGAAGGAACUCAGUUCUAAAAUGAUACAAAACGCCCCCAAAAUCCUAAUAAAAAUGUUGUAGUAUGUCUUAGCUUGGCAUUUGAAUCGUAAGAAUCGUGGCUAUGUACCACCUGCAACUACGAUCAUCUGAUCCAGUUAUUACCCUUUGUAUUACCGCUUGUAUUAUCAUUUAUCGCUUUACGCAUGUAUCAGCAUAGUAGUCGAAAGGUGCACCGUGAAUAUAUAAGCAUUGCAGUAGUUCCUAUGCAUGUACUCAUUAAUAUUUAAACAGUUUUGUAAUUAAUUUAUGCUCUGCAUGAAAACGUGCAUUCAGCAGAUUUGGUGUUAAUUGAAUAAGUGCAUUUUUAUUCAAACUGUCACGUCUUCUUUUUAAUCAGUAAGAAUUUUAAGGUUUGCAUCGUGGGUAUACACAAGACAAGUGGUUUGCUGUAACGCCAUGCACCUUAUGAACUGUCUCUUUUUGAGUAUGUGUGGCUCAGAAAGGGUCCGGUUAACUUAAUGCUUUUUAACAGUGUAGUCAGGAGACUGCUUGGUUCCUACCAGAGUAAUGUAUAUGUGGGUCGUGGUGCUUGUUGAUGUGUGAAGACUGCAUCCAAGCUGUAGUGCUAUCAUAGUAUCGAUCAAGUUAUAAUAUUCCUGGAAAUUACGAUGUCUUUGGAAAAUUACCAUGUCUAUGUGGAGUAUGUGUACAUUUGAAAUCAAAUGGCAGAGAAAGUUCAGUGUACAGUCGAACUUCAUUAAUAUGAGCACUGUUAAUAUAAGAUUCUACUCAAGACAAGGUAAUUGUUAGGUCCCAAUCUUUUUCCAUCGUUUUUAUUCCUGAUAAUGCAAGGUUCCUGUUAUAACAAAGUAAUUUGCCAAGUCCAAAGAACCUCUCAUUAACAAGGUUCGACUGUACUCGUAAAAUGUCUGUAGGCUUGUGGACCUCAAACUAAGCCCUUCUUACCUGAAAUAAAAUGGUUAACCAUGAUAUCUUCAUCCGUCAAUUAGAACAUUAUGGCAUGCCAGAAUACUUUAGUGGCAGAAGCAAAACUUGUUUUGUGUAAUUCCAUAAAAUCUACAGAAUUGCCUGUAGAGGUUUUUCACGGAAUGUAACAUGACGGGCAAAAGCAUUUCAGGAGGCGCACCAUUUCCAUGUCCAUUUUCGAAUCUGUGUGUUUCUGUUGGUAAUUUCAUGCAUGUAAGAAAGUUGAGACACUUUCAAGGCAUACAUGUUUUCGGCAACAUCUGUGUAAAUUGAACGCUGACCGUCAAAAAUCAUGUGACCGAAAAUCCUCUUAUUUGUGAUGUGGUGCCCACAGGGCUCUGUAUUGGGUCCCAUGUUAUUUUUAUUGUACAUUAAUGGCAUUCGCGAUGCUUCAGAGCUUAUCACACUUUGCUUAUUUGCAGAUGACGCAAGCUUAUUAUAUUAUAACAAAACUGUGGACUUAGCGGUUCAGAGCCUCAGCACUGAGCUUCUGAAAGUCACUACUUGGCUAUUGGCCAAUAAAUUAUACAUAAAUGUACUUGAAUCAAAUCAUAUAUUAUUUUGCACUAGCCAGUUCAAACAUACUCAGUCUUUACACGUUAUUUUAAAUGAUACUAUUCCUGAUUGUGUAAAGGACACCAAGUUUUAGGGAAUACAAAUUGAUGAGAAUCUAACUUUGAAGAAAGAUAUGUGACCUGUCACCACAAAAUGAGCUGAAAGUCGGAAUGUUCAAAAAUUGAGAUAUUGGCAUUUUUGAAUUUGGCAGAAAGAGAGCUCUCCAGUAAUAUGUACACGGAACACUUAGGGUAGAAGUAUAAGGUGACAAUGUGACAUGAUUCUGGCAGCUUUGUUUCUUUGUUUCAGACAUUGAA